GAGGGGGAGGAAAGGAUGAAGAUGGAGGCAGAGGAGCAGAGAGAGAGGAUGGAGGUAGAGGAGGAGGUGUGGGGACAGAAAGAAGCGAUGAAAGGAGAGAAGGAGGAGGGGACUACCAUUGACCAGGCCAGUCCGAUAGACCCUCACCCCAAUGCAGACCCGGCUACUCAGAAUCACAUACCCCUUGAUGCCCCCUCACACACACCUCAUAACCCCACCACUCAGAACGACACACGCCCUCCCUCAGGUUCCCCCAUAGACCUCCAGAGACCAUCAGACCGUCCCAUAGAGCGACCCCCAGACCUCCCCCACAAGGACCUCUGUGAGAACAUGUCCACUCAGUCUGACAACCACUCAGUCUUGUCCAGUCUCUCCUCUCAGUCUCCCCCUGCCUCACCCUGCCUCACCCCUCCAUCUGACUUCCCUCCUCCUCUCCUGCCUGUUAGCCCCUCCCACUCAGAGACCCUCAGCCUAUCACAGAUCCGCCCUGAGACCCUCAGCAUAUCAGAGCGCGAGCCUUGGACACAGAGGGUGUGGCCAGAGGGUGGGAGGCGUGUCUUAACUCACCUGGUGGAGGGCUUCGUCAUACAGGAGGGUCUGCAGGCGUUCCCGGUGAACCGCUCGUCUCUGUUGUUGGGAGGGCAGGAGGGUGUCUCCCAGAAUGGGAACACAAAGGGGGCAGAGUUAUUACCGUUGACGGACACACCAGAGCCACCAGAACAUUCUGGUGAAUCAGAACGAGCGGGCGUGGCUACAGAUGACCCGCUGACAGGUCCCAGAGAGAGACAGAAGGGGGUGUUACAGUGUGAAUCUUGUGGGAAGAGAGGCCAUGCCCACUCCUUCCACCGCUCCAAAAGAUACUGCUCCACUUCCUGUGCCCGCAGACUUAAUGUAGGGAUGUCUAAGCGUCUGCGUGCUCUGAGUGCUGGCAGCCAACCAGAGGGGCGAAGCUCUGAGAUAAACAAGGUGGAGUCUGUUCCUGGGAAGCCCCUCCUAUUGCGACUGCCCCGCGAAAUAUGGAGUGCCCAUCGCCAUGACUACGAAGGGAAAGAAGGGCAUGCUGUUCCCAUAACGACCAGGCUGGAGCGCCGAGCGGCACGGAUGGCAAGGAGGGCAUCAGAGCCAGCGAUGACCCCUAGUAACCUCACCGUGACCUCUACUGAACCCACACCUGCACAGUGGAGUAUAGAGCAAGUCUGGGACUUUAUACACACACUGCCAGGUUGUGUAGAGGUUGCGGAGGCGUUCCGUGUUCAGGAGAUAGACGGCCAGGCCCUGCUGCUGCUCACUGAGGACCACCUGGUGUCCAGCAUGAACAUCAAACUGGGACCAGCGCUCAAGAUCUGUGCCCACAUCAACACACUCCGACACACAUAGAGAGGGAGAGAUGAGAGACGGAGGUGAGGUGGGAGGGUGGGGGGAGGAGAAUAUAGAGAGAGGGAAAAAGGGAGAGGGGUGGGAGGGUUGAAAAAGAGAGGGAAAAUAGUGAUUGAUAGAUGAGGGCAUGGGGGGGACAGAGAAGAAGAGCGGAAAAACAAGAGAUUAAUUAAAGAGAUUAUCAGCUGAGAGCAAUCAAUGAGAGAGGACAUUUUUUUUGUUAUAUUCUGUUGUGUCUAUUUAAAUAUUUUACAAUGCAGUCUAUUGGGUGUAAAUCUUUAACAUUUUCAUGAAGGAUUGUAAUAUACAGUAUGUAUUUGUCUGGUUGGUUAUUAUUUUAUAAUGUGGUGUCACAUGUAAACUGUAAAAUCUGUUUUGAUUUUACACAGUUGAUACACAGAUUUUUUUUAAAUCACUGUGUGGAAAAUAAUGUCUUAACUAAAGAAUUUAUUAAGUUUUAUAUAUGAUCUGAGCAAAAGUUAGGUCUUAUUUGUCUCAUAACCAUGUCGUUUGUGAGAUUUCAUAAUGUUUUCUCUUAUCCUGCCUAUUCAAACUCUGUAAUAAAUCAAAAUAAUUUAUGGA